CGUGAUUGGUUUGCAGGAGCUAAUGUGCUUCACAACUGUGAGCAUGCUCAGUAGAGCUCUCGGUACUGCAUUCCCUGGACUCUGGCUUUUGGCUUAUAGAGAAUGGUCUUAAGACUCACGGUGGGAGAGGAGGGAUCACACAGACCGUAUUUCGGGUUUUUGCCUGCCAUGAACUGCUGCCUAGCCUGUUGUUCGGGCUUUUGGGAAAUGCUAGAUCAAGGCCCUUCCUCAGCCCCUGUUCUGUACAGCAUCUCUGCGAGGGUUAUGGAGUCUAGGACCUAGUGAUCCGCCAGCUACCUCAUCUCACGUUUGUCUCCAUCAGCCGCAAACAAUGGGGGAAUCAAUGUUGCCGGUCUCAUGCAAAAAGAGUGUUGAAAGCAAUUGCGAGGAAGAGCAGGAAGAUUGGGAGGCGGAGGAAGAGGAAUGGGAGAAGGAGUCCCACCCACCACAGAGAGAAUCAAGGCACCCAGGGAACGGCAAGGGCGGCGAGGAAGAGGAGGUGCGGACGGAGGCCGGUGAAGGAGCGAAGACAAUGGAGAAGAGGCAGAGUGUGAGAGAGAGGAGAGGAAAACAGAAGGACAUGAAGAGAGACGGAAGGAGCAAAAAUGGGGGAGGCAGCAAGCUGAAGAAGUGGACGGAUGAUGAAGAAAAGUGGAUGGAUGUAGAGAGAGCUGAAGGAGAGAGAGGCAUGGAGGUACAGCAUGGACACAGUAGCUAGUAGACAACCAAUCCCUUAGGUGUUCGGCCGUUCCUCGGCCAAUAGCGACCUCCGCAGUGCUCCUGAGGAGUGUCAAUUCACCCUUAAAUUCGUCCACGGGAAUGUGAUUACCUCCGCUGGCUGUCAGGGGAAGUAAAAAUGAGCAGAAGGUAUUAAGUGUGAGAAAACCUCCUCCCGUUCUGGGAGUUUAGGGCGCCUCCAUGUCUCCGUGACUCAUUUACAUUCAGCUGAAGGAGCGCGGCACAUCGCCGCCCUGAAGGCCUGCUGGAUUGACGGGCUCCAACAGAGAGGCCUUUCACAAUCUCGUUCCUCUUUAUAUUCACACGCGUCCUGGUCAGGGCUCCACGAGACUGGAGGUUUUGUUUCCUUUUUACCUCCACCAUUAUGAUGAUAAAUAUCAGCAGAGUGAGUGAAGUGUCCUCUGUUCCCCUCGGCACCGGCCAGUACGAUGACGGGACGCCCUGCAUCGCCCUUCAUGUACUGCUCCUUAUCCUACAAAGAGACGUUUAUUUUUUUUUAACUACAGAAUGGUCAGUCAAGGACGAUAAAACCUUACGAAGCGUCGUAAGGACAUAUGAAGGUUCACACUGAAGAACUUAUUGUUUCAUGUCCCCCUGCAUCACGUGGGCUCCUGGGGUCCAGUGAUGAGUUAUGUUCUCUCUGCUGCAGCCUGCUGUUCCAGCGCAGUGGAGGGUCUGUCUAGAUAUUUCCCAGUCUGUAGGGAACGGUGAUGCAGCCCAGGCUCCCUUCCUGUAGAGAUCCUGUCUCAUCCAUCCAGCCCCCACCCUCCA